CCAUCUGGAGCUGGCAAAGAAGGAGGCAGUUUAUUAAUAGAUAAGGCCGAUUCUCUGAUUCUCCGGCAUCAACAAAACAGUUUGGACGCUUCCGCCGCGCCAGAUUGUGCGUUGUGACCCCUUUGCACCCUGCAAUGUGUUAAACUAGUGACGUGGUCAUGAAGAAACAAGUGGUUUUCGGCCUGCUCCUCGCCAGCGUUUUGGUGUUCAUUUCUGGACAGGAUGAUGACGAUUACUUGGAGCCACCGACGGUACUGAUUGCACUGCUGGUGCGUAACAAGGCCCACACACUGCCCAUGUUCCUGAGUUAUCUGGAACAACAGGAUUAUCCCAAACAAAGGAUUGCCUUUUGGUUACGUUGUGAUCAUAGUAACGAUGACAGUAUAGAUAUCCUGCAGACGUGGCUGGAGCACUCUGCAGAUCACUAUCAUGCUGUUAACUAUGUUCUGGAGCCCCAAGUUCGGAGUUAUGAAAACGAAAGUUCGCCAUACGAGUGGCCAGCAUCGCGUUUCAAACAUCUGAUCGCGCUGAAAGAGGAGGCCUUCCAGUAUGGUCGUAAUAUUUGGGCUGACUUUGUGUUUUUCCUGGACGCCGAUGUCUUUCUGACUUCGAAAGAUUCACUUAAAACCCUCACCCGUCUCCAAUUACCCAUUGUGGCUCCCAUGUUAAUCUCGGAAAGCUUGUACUCCAAUUUCUGGUGCGGAAUGACGGAGGAUUAUUACUACAGGCGCACAGAUGAGUACAAGGAGAUCUACCAUGUGAAAAAACAAGGCAGCUUCCCAGUGCCCAUGGUGCACACAGCCGUUCUGGUUAACAUGAAUCAUAAAGCGAUCAGGAAUCUCACUUUCGACAAAAACAAGCUAGUGGAAAUGCAGAGGAGCAGGCAGCAGGAACCGCUCUAUGAUGGACCUGCGGAUGAUAUUAUAGUAUUUGCCAUAUCCGCCAAUAGUUCAGGCAUACCCCUGCACAUCUGCAACGAUAUAAUCUUUGGCUAUAUACUGCAACCUCUAGAACCAGGUGAUUCCUUGGACAAUGAUCUCCAGCAGCUGGUAAAUAUCAGGGGCCUCAUGGUCAACGAUCUGGGUGCUGUGCCUCCUCUACUGGAUUACUAUAAGAAUUUGGCAAAGAAACCGGAGAAAAGCAAGCUCUCCUUGGAUCGUAUAUUUAUGAUAAACCUAAAGAGACGUCCCGAGAGACGGGAGAAAAUGGAGCAGCUUUUCGAGGAGCUGGGUAUAGAAGCCGAGUACUUUCCCGCUGUUGAUGGCAAAGAAUUAACCACGGAUCGUCUACAGGAGAUGGGCGUGCGGUUCCUGCCCGGCUACGAGGAUCCAUAUCAUCAUCGGGCCAUGACCAUGGGUGAGAUUGGCUGUUUCCUGAGCCACUACAGCAUCUGGGUGAUGAUGGUGCGCAAGGGGCUGAAGGAGGUGCUCAUUCUGGAGGAUGAUAUACGCUUCGAACCCUAUUUCCGGCAAAAUGCGGUCAGGGUCUUAAAUCAGGCCAGAGGCGCAGUGAAUUACGACCUCAUUUACUUUGGUCGCAAGCGUCUGAAGGAGGAAAGUGAACCGGGUGUGACAAAUGCGGACAAUCUUGUGCAUGCCGGCUACUCCUACUGGACAUUGGGCUAUGUCAUUUCGCUACAGGGAGCCUUGAAGCUGCUGGCAGCCAAGCCGCUUCACAAACUCAUACCUGUAGAUGAGUUUUUGCCCUUAAUGUUCGAUCGUCAUCCCAACAACACCUGGAGCGAAGCCUUCCCUAAAAGGAAUCUCGUGGCUUUAAGUGCCUCUCCACUCCUGCUGUAUCCCAUUCACUAUACAGGAGAUUCGAGUUACAUUUCCGACACCGAGGACUCGCAACAAAUCAAUGUGGAUACGAGUGAAGAAGGAGAAGCUCGACUGAAAAGCGAUCGGGAACAGGUUUUCGUCCAGGAGGAGGAAUGCACCCUCGAUCAGCAACUGAAGCUGGGCGAGAGUUUGCCCAAGAGCCACCAGGAACUAUAAAUUUCACCAAUUUCCAAAAACAUGCCAAAUUUUGUAUAGACUAAGAUAGACGUAUCUUGCCAAAUGCCAAAUGUGCCUUCAACCCAAAUCCACCAACCUAAAAACUAUUAACAACGAAUGUUAAAUUAGAAUUAAGCUUUGUUUAUCAGGCUGAAUAGAUUGUGCAAUUCUUUCUAAUAAUGAAUCUCAUUUAAAAUGUUCCUAUAUGUCAAAGCUUUCAUAUUAGAAAAAUGAGUUUCUAUAAAAGCAAUCUUAUGUAUGUUUUGUGUUUUAAAUGUUAACGUUUAAAGAUUUAUAUUUAUGGUUUAUCAUAGAAAAAAAUAAGAAAAUAACUUAAAUUGGAGUGAAAAGCAAUAUAUCUGUCUGAAUCAAAUUGCACAUCCUAUAGGCCGAAUCUUAGCUGUACACUAAUAUUUUACCAGCAUGCCAUUGACCUAGCAAUUAAGUAGGUUAUAAACACUGAUAUAAACUCACUUUAUUCCACUCACAAGUGGUGUGAAAAA